AUGGUGGUAAUAAACAACGAUAAAAUCCCGAAGUAUCUCGGUCUUUCUGGUCAUGCACUAGUAACGUCUCAGACUUUGUUAAUUGGCCUUCCUUCUUUUGUAUUAUUUGGCUAUAAUCAAAGUGGUAUGGGUGGUGCAUUAUCUUUGCCAGAAUUUGGCAAAUAUUUUCCAAUGCUAUCUACUUUAAACAAAGAAGGAAGUGCUAAAUCGCAAGCCUCAACACUUCAAGGUGUAUUCGUUUCUACAUUUUCAUUAGGUGCUCUUCUUGGUGCAGCAUUUUGUUCAUUCUUUGGUGAUCAUCUUGGAAGGAAAAAAACUAUUCUAUUGGGUGCAAUAUUAGUAUUAAUUGGGGAAAUUCUAGAAUGCUCUGCCUUUAAUGUUGGCCAAUUAUGCACCGGUAGAACCAUUCUUGGUGUCGGAAUUGGUAUUUUGAAUGUCACUGUACCUACUUGGCAGAGCGAAUGCUCAAAACCAAAAAACAGAGGAAAACAUGUAGCACUAGAUGGUGCAUUUAUUUCAUUAGGCUAUUUACUCACAAAUUGGAUUUCCUUUGGUUUCUAUAUGGGUAGUCACAGUCAGGCAACUUGGAGGGUUCCAAUAGCAAUAGGAGCUAUUUUUAAUUUCCCUUUAAUUUUUGCAAUCAUCAAACUUCCUGAAUCUCCGAGAUGGUUGAUAAUGAAAGGACGAGUUGGCGAAGCACAAAAAGUACUAGCUUCGAUUAAUGAGAGAGAAAUUGAGGAUGAUAUAAUUCUUCAAGAGAUUGAAAAUAUAGAAAUCGUUAAUAGCCAAUCAACUCAAGCAGAUGGGAACUUUAAAGAGCUUUUUAAAAUGGGAGAAGACAAGCUUUUAAUGAGGUUUUUAAUGUGUAUGGCAUUACAAUGUUUACAGCAAAUGUCUGGUGGUAAUUUAAUAUCGGUCUAUUCAACAACCUUAUAUGAAGAGAGUUUAGAAAUGAGCGGCGAACUUUCAAGAAUCCUUGCGAGUUGCACAAUGACAUUCAAAUUUCUUUGUGGUUUCAUUGCAUUUUUCACAGUUGAUAGAUAUGGUAGAAGACUUUUGUUGACGAUUAGUGGAAGUGGUAUGGCUCUUUGUAUGCUUUUUCUAGCUGUAACUACAAGCCAACCUGAUAACUUCAGUGCAAAUAUCGCUUCGGUAUUUUUUAUUUUUGCCUUCAAUUUCUUCAUUCCCAUUGGUUUUCUUGGAAUAAAUUGGCUCUAUGUAACAGAAAUAUCUCCAACAAAAUACCGUACUUAUAUUUCGUCUAUACUGAGUGCUAAUAAUUGGAUUUGGAAUUUCGUUGUCACUAUGAUCACCCCAGUAGCUAUCCAAUCGAUAGCAUAUAGAUAUUAUAUAAUUUAUGCUGUUAUCGGGGCUUUGAUCCCUAUAAUGGUUUUAACUUUUUUUCCUGAGACACUGGGUUUAGAAUUAGAAGCAAUUGAUGUUAUAUUCAAAAAAUCAUCUUCACCCUGGACAGUGGUGAAGACUGCGAAAAAAGAACGGAAAACUUUACUUAGCAGUGAUUUAAGCCAAACAAAGGAAUUAAGGUCGCAAUUACAACCUAAGCCUUAUUCCGAACAACACUCUUUUGUUCAUUGUGGUAAGGGAGAAAAGAGUGUUGAGACUAUUUCUAUAGUUUAA